AUGUCAUGUGAGACACAGUCAAAUGCCUUGGUUAAAUCACACAAAGCAACGGAGACCGACUGCCUGCCCUCCAUUGCCCCAAGAACCAACUCCACCAAAUACCACACAGCUCCCAUAUUAGUAGAGCAGGGUCUCCUGAACAGCCCUCUGGUCACCCCACCACUGCCAGUCACCCUGCCAUUGGUCGUCCAGCCGCCGCCAGUCGCCCCACCACUGCCAGUCACCCUGCCGCCAGUUAUCUGGCCGCCCCUGGUCGCCCCACCACUACCAGUCACCCUGCCGCUGGUUGCCUGGCCGCCGCCAGUCGCCCCACCACUGCCAGUCACCCCGCCGCCAGUCAUCCGCCGCCACCGGUCGCCCCACCACUACCAGUCACCCCGCCGCCAGGCGUCCGGCCACCACUGGUCGCCCCACCACUGCCAGUCACCUGCCAUUGGUCGUCCAGCCGCCGCCAGUCGCCCCACCACUGCCAGUCACCCUGCCGCCAGUUAUCUGGCCGCCCCUGGUCGCCCCACCACUACCAGUCACCCUGCCGCUGGUUGCCUGGCCGCCGCCAGUCGCCCCACCACUGCCAGUCACCCCGCCGCCAGUCAUCCGGCCGCCACCGGUCGCCCCACCACUACCAGUCACCCCGCCGCCAGGCGUCCGGCCACCACUGGUCGCCCCACCACUGCCAGUCACCCUGCCACUGGUCGUCCGGCUGCCGCCGGUCACCCCACUGCCACCAGUCAUCCGGCCACCACUGCUGGUCGCCCCACCACCACCGGUCGCCCCACUGAUGGCUGCAAUCCCGCCACCAACAGUCGACUUGCUGCGGCUGGCAAUUGUCCCGCUGGCUGA